UUUAAAACCAGUAGCAGGGAACACCGUAAGAAUUCAAUUUCUUCCUUGUCUCUGUCUUUCACCUGUCUAUAAAUUAAAGACCCUCCUCCAUUCUUUUCUCAGGCUACCACAACUUCAUCAUUUCUUGUAAAACAGAGGGAAGAGAAAAGAAAAGCCACCAUGUUUUCAUUCAAUAUGGACGCAGCCAAGGCUGAUGUUGCCAAGGAUCUGUCUCCCUUUAUCAUCUUAUAUAAAGAUGGCAGGAUAGAGAGGCUCUUUGGCAACGAAAUCGUCCCCCCUUCCCAGGAUCCCAAAUCCAAUGUCCUGUCAAAAGAUGUCAUCUAUUCAAAAGAAGCAAGACUAUCUUGUAGACUUUACCUCCCAAAAGGAGUGGAUCCCAACAAAAAGCUCCCUCUCCUAAUUUACGUUCAUGGGGGAGGCUUCUACGUUGAAAAUGCCUUCUCGCCUACUUACCAUAAUUACGUUAACCUCUUAGUCGCAGAGGCUAAAGUUAUUGCUAUCUCUGUUGAUUAUAGGAGAGUACCAGAACAUCCCAUCCCUAUUCCAUAUGAUGAUUCAUGGGCUGCCCUAAAAUGGGCUGCAUCUCAUGUCAACGGAGACGGACCUGAAGAGUGGCUAAAUAAACAUGCUGAUUUAAGCAAGGUGUUCUUGGCUGGUGACAGUGCUGGUGGUAACAUAGCACACCACGUGGCUAUGAGGUUUGGUCAAGAGAAAAUAAUUGGUGUAAAUGUUGCAGGUAUUGUUUUAAUAAAUCCUUAUUUUUGGGGAGAGGAACGGAUUGGAAAUGAAGUUAAUGAAUUAGAAAGGGAGUUGAAAGGGAUGAGUGCAACAUGGCACCUUGCAUGUCCUAAAACAAGUGGAUGUGAUGACCCUUUAAUCAAUCCUACUUAUGAUCCAAAUUUGUCUAGUCUGGGGUGCUCCAAGGUGUUUGUUUCUGUUGCUGAGAAAGAUUUGCUAAGGGAUAGGGGCCUGCUAUACUGCGAGACUUUGAAGAAAAGCGGAUGGGUUGGAGUGAUUGAGACUAUGGAGGUCAAAGGAGAGGGGCACGUCUUUCAUUUGUUCAAGCCAGCCAGCGACAAUGCUGUGGCUAUGCUUAAAAAGAUUGUCUCUUUCAUACAUGGCUAAAACUGAAUAUGCUUGUCUGUUCUCUUGUUUUCUUUCAGUGUUGUAUUUGAUGUGGUAUUGGCCUUUAUAGAAAGUACAAACCCCACCCUUUACGUAAAACUAAUAGAGCACUACCACCAAUUCCUAGACUACAUGUUUGUGCUAUUCUGGGAAGACAAUUUUAGAUUGUAACCUUUUCCUUUUUCCUUUUUGAACUGGAAUUUUCUUUCUAUUUAAACAA